GUCAGGGGAGGACAGAUGUUUCGAAGUUUGCUCGCAAAGAAAAACACGUCUUAUUUGCCUUGGAGGAUUUAAAAGAUAUGAGCAAGACAGGAGAUGCAGCCAUUGCCAAGGACAUGGCGGUAGAUCAAAUGGAAAAUAGGAAAGAGAAAAAAGAGAAGAAAAAGAAGAAGAAAUCAAAAGAAGAGUCUGAGAUUCCAGCUACAGCGAAAAACCAGGAGGAUUCUGCACCAAAGGAAAAGAAGUCUAAAGAAAGUAAAAGAGAGAAAAGUAAAAACGACGAGGAGCAAGAACCUCAAGGUGGGAUUGAUCGAGAAACAAAGGAAAAGAAAAGCAGAAAGGGGAAAAAGGAUGUAGAAGUUUUAAUCGAGGAAAAAACUGUGGAGGGUGAUAAGAGUGAAAAAGGCAAAGCUGGAAAAGAGAAGAAGGAAAAGAAAGAGAAAAGCAAGGAUAAAUUAGCUGCAGAAAAAGAAUCAACAAAAACUGGUGACGUUGCGAAAAGUAACGAUGAUGAUGGAGAUGAAGGAAACAAAUCGACAUUGAAGGAAAAGAAAGGGAAAGAGCAAGCUUCCGCGACGAAAACCGAGGAUGAAAUCCCUGAGAAAAAGUCAAAGCGUGAUCGUAAGAAAAAUAAGUCUGAAGAGGUGGUAGAGACAUCAGUGGACUUCAAGGCAGCUGAGCAGAAAGAGGAUGAGAAGAAACUUACUGACCUUGUCAAAGAGGAAGCGGGCGCUGGCGUGCUGGGAGAAUCAAAUACUGGCGCUCGCGAAGAAACGGCUAAACGGGAUCGAAAGAAAACCAAAAAGAAAGAAUCCAGUGAAAAAGGAGAAGAAGUUGUAAGAGUGGAGGACAAAGAACAGUGUAAAGUCGAAGAGGAUGAGAAGGAUGGAACGACGAUGGGAGGAGAGAAAGGAGAUAAUGUAAAGCAGAAAUCAAGAUCUAAGAAAAGCGAAUGCUCUGAAAUGAAGAUCGAAGGAAAGAAGAAAUCUGCUGACAAAAGGUCGAAGCGCGAUGGUGAACAAGCUUUAGAGGAAGCUGGUAACGAGGGAGAAGAGAAGACCGGCAAAGGGGAAAAGAAGGCAGCGAAGGCGCUGGAGUGUCAUGAAACAGAAGAAUCAAACGCGAACGCUGAAAACCAAAAUACUGAGAAAAAGUCUAAAGGCGAUCGGAAGAAAAGGAAAAAAGAUGAAGAUAAAUUCAUGGCAUUGGAAAACGUAGAUGAUAUUGAAGAUAAGGGCACCAAGGCUAAAAGGAAGAAAAGUGCAGAAGAAGAAGAGAAGGAAAUAAAAGAAUCCGUGGCCGAUGAAGAAAGUAACUUGCAAGAGAAGAACGGCGAACGGGACGGUAAGAAAGCAAAACGUGAGAAGUCUGCUGACAAAAACAAAGAAAAGAAUGAAAAUGAAAAUGGGAGCAAAGACGGAGAUGGUGAGGCUGGAGGUGAGGAAAUAAGCAAGGAGGAAUCUAAAACUGAAAAAGAAAAUAAACGCGCGGAGAAAAAGGCCAGGCGUGCCCUUAAAAAGGCGAGAAAUAACGAAGAUGCGAACUCCAAGGGAAGCAGUAACCAAAAUGAUGAAAAGAGAAAGGAGAAAAAUGUUGCUACAGACGAAGACAAGAAAGUAGAAAGAGACGACGAAAGGGAAAUGGAAGACGAGGGAGAGUCAAAAAGAAAAAGGAAAAAAAAGUCGAAAGAUGACAGUGGUUUUGGUGACGAACGAGAAAAAGUCCCAGACAAAAAAUCAAAAUGCGACAGUAAGAAAACUGCAAACGAUGACACUGACACAGCGUUAGCGGCCGAGGGAAAAGAGGAAACGAAGAGUGAGGAGGUUGAAAAAGAAAUCCCCAGGAAAAAGAAAAAACACGAUCGUAAAAAACAGAUGGAUGGUGAGAUGGGGAAGUCGUGUGAAAAUGGACAAAAGAAACAGGAUGGAAAAUCAGAUGAUAAAUCCCAAUCAGAGCUUGGCCAGUGGGGUGAAACUGAGUUUGGAAGCGAGGAGCGAAAGGACAAAUUUCUUCGUCUCAUGGGCGCCUACAAGAAGAAACCUUCCGCCCAGACGCCAGAAGCCAAUCUGAGCCCGCAGUCCAGUCGACGCUGUAUGACAAAGGACACCGAAAAGUCUCUCACACAGCGAUUGGAGCAGCAGUACGAGUCUGCCAUGAACGUUACCAGAAACCGAAGAGGUCUGGGACUUGGAUAUAACCCGGAUGAAGACCCAAGCAAUAAGACAUUUUACAUUGACAAAACUGGAUCCAAAUCAGUAAAGUUAAGCUAAUGUGCCAAACAAAAAUAAGUUGUGGUGUUAAGAUAGAUAUUUCUACCUAAAGAAGAAUAAUAUACUUUUUCCUA